AAACUGUUAGAUGGUUUUCAUCGCUCGAUCAAUCAACUUGUUUGGUCGCAGGUCCAUUAAUAAUUUGUGUUUUCUAAACUUUACGUUCCAUUUUCUUCUAACAGUAUGACAAUAACUAAAUAUUCAAUAGAAAAAAAACAGAAAGAUGAUAACAAAAAUAAAGCACCGCUCUUUGGCGCUCGUCAUGUGCAAUGUAUUCUAAUGUUUUUCGGAUUGGCUGCGGCGUACGCGCAACGCGUAAAUCUCUCGGUGGCGAUAGUGGCAAUGAUGGAUAAGAGUUCCGCAAAUCCCGAUUUUGAGGAGUUCCAUUGGUCCGAGUCGACAAAAUCUUACCUGCUCAGCAGUUUCUUUUGGGGCUAUUUUGUGACACAAAUACCGGGCAGUCAGUUGGCGCACAGAUUUGGUGGUAAAAUAACGCUACUCCUUGGCAUAGUGCUAAGUGGACUUUUGGCUUUGUUCUCACCGCUGGGCGUGCAUUUGGGCAAUUGGCAAGUGCUCUUUGGGCUGCGUUUGUGUCAAGGUCUCUUACAGGGUAGCACGUUUGCAUCUAUACACACACUGCUCUCCAAAUGGAUACUGCCCGAGGAGCGCGACACACUUGGCACCUUUGCCUAUACCGGUCUGACCUUUGGUAGCGUGCUGAUGAUGUUGGUUAGCGGUUGGAUUGCCUCCUCCUCAUUAGGUUGGCCGGGCACAUUCUAUUUCGCCGGCAUAUUCAGCAUAAUUUGGGGUAUCGUCUUUUAUGUUUUUGGCGCUAACACACCUCGUGAUUACAAAUGGAUUGGCGAGGAGGAGCGUUUGUAUAUUGAAGCCGCAAUGGUGACAACGUCAAAACCGGAGCCUGAACAUGCAACCAUGAAGACACCAUGGUUGAAGAUAUUCACGUCUCUGCCUUUCUGGGUUUUAUUGCUGGCACAGUGUGCCUACGCUUGGGGCUUUUGGACAAUGAUAACAGAAAUCCCUUCAUAUAUGAAGAGCAUACUGAAACAAGAUAUCCAGAGCAAUGCUCUCAUGUCCGCAGCACCUUAUCUGGCUAAUAUCCUUUUGACAUUCGUAUUUUGCGUUUUAGCUGGUUUUCUGAUUAAACGUGGCUACACUAGUGCUAAUACCAGUCGUAAACUGUUCAACACUAUCGGUUUUUGGGUGCCCAUAGUACCUCUCAUACUACUUGGCUAUUUGCCUGCCGAUCAGAGUGCGCUGGCGCUUACUAUGCUGGUGAUUGCUGUUGGUGUGAGUACAGCUGGCAAUUUGGGUUUCCUCAUCAAUCAUAUUGAUUUAUCCCCCAAUUUUGCUGGUGUCCUUAUGGGCAUAGCGAAUUGCGCGGCAAAUAUUAUGAGCUUAUUGGCCCCACUGGCAGUGGGCGUCAUUGUCACUGAUGCGAAUAAUGUGGAUCAGUGGCGCAUUGUCUUUUACAAUGCCAGUGGCAUGUACUUCGUUUGCAAUUUAUUGUUCAUCUUGUUUGGCCAGACGAAAAUCCAAUCCUGGAACUAUCCUAAAACACAUGAUCUACAGCGGGAUGAGCGCGAUCACUUAUCAUUGGAAACUUAAAAAAUUGAGAUAGCGAAGACGUAAAAAAGUCUGGCCAUUUUAACAGAUUAACGCUAUCGUAUUUAAAAUUCUUUUGUAGAUAAUAAUAUUAUUGUUAUUGUGAGAGUUAAAUUGCUCUAGCAGCGAUACUCGCUGUUUUCAGAAACCUUAAUUUAAGCAAUUCAAAAGAAAAAAAAAUUAACUCAGACGAACACUUAGAAUAAAGUAUGUUAAUUAAACUGUUAAUUCCAAUAUUGUCAUAUUCCUGCUAAUAAUAAUAAUAUAGUUUUGUAUAAUGUUGUUUUAUGUCACCAACCAACAUGUCAUAGCUCAGAAUAUAAACAAGGAAACCUAAUACCUUUCAAAAAUACAAAA